CGCAGCUCGCAGCCCCGACUCUGGCAUCAGCCGACGAGGAGAGGAGACGGAGCGAGCAGCCUGUGGCGGACGCUGGCCGGAUGGUUAAAUCCAACCUACAGACGAUUUUGAAUAGUCAUUGUUUUGUAAGAGAAAAAGAAAGACCCGAGAUGCCUGUUAUUGAGCAGUCCAGUAAUAAACCUGAAAGUAUCUCCAGUCCUAGGAGGUGCUCCCACUGUUGCAGUAACCCCUGUCCGGGGCCUCUGUGGUGCUCCGAUGCCCCUCUCCCACCCCUGAAGAUCCCAGGUGGGCGAGGGAAUGACCAGCGGGAUCGCAAUCUUUCAGCUACGCUAUUCUACUCUGAUGCUCAUUUGUUGGUUCUUGAAGAGUCUCACCCUGCAAACAGCAGAGUGCGUUUCUUGCUCUUUGAGCCCCGCCGCACCGAAGGCAAACAUUGUGUCUGGAGGGCUGCGCUAAAGGGGGGAAACCUUUAUGUUGAAAUCCCUUCUGGAGCUUUGCCUGAAGGCAGCAAAGACAGUUUUGCACUUUUGCUGGAAUUUGCAGAAGAACAGCUACAGGCUGAUCAUGUUUUCAUCUGCUUUCACAAGAACCGUGACGACAGAGCAUCCUUGCUGCGUACGUUCAGUUUCCUGGGCUUUGAGAUUGUUAGACCGGGUCAUCCUCUCGUCCCCUCCCGACCUGACGCUUUCUUCAUGGCUUACAGCAUCGAGCGAGACUCCUCCGAUGACGAAUAAAAUAACGCUGAGCAGUUACAAAUGUUUGUUCCUAUUUCAAUCAACACCAACAUCAGUCCUGAAAAUGAGUAAAUUCUAGUCAUUAAGUGUGGUUGAGGUUGGUGGAUUUUCCUUUGCCUUUACCUACUGCGUGCUGUGUUUCAGUAAAAGUUGCACUAGAGUUAAGAUGUUGAAUAGAGCAGGAAUGUAAAGCAGAAAGCCUGCAUGAUAUCUGGGCAUUACAUCCUCACCACCGUUUAAUAAUGUUCUUGUCCAUCCUAACCCUGAUUCCUGAAUAUCUCCACAGUAUAUUUAAGAUAAAUUGAAAUCGUACUCAUGUAAGUAGAUGUUUUCAUAGUAAUUAUCAGUUGAUUUUUAUGAUUUUUUUUCCUGUUUAGUAAUUUUUAAAAUGUGUGCAUGGUUUUAGUUUGCUUUGAUCCACUUGGUAGAGAUCUGCAUGUUGUAACGACUAAAUAAAAGUGCUCACCUUGA